AUGGCAAGCGGCAAGCACAAUAUUCAUACGUCGUCAUUGAAGCCAAAUGACGUGUCAAAAAAUUUAAUAACUGGAACAUUUGCGUUAAAAUGGCCAGAAGAAAAUACAAAAUCUUUGACACCAAUUGCUGUUAAUCUUCAUGUUGAUUAUAAAGGUUAUAUUCUGUUUUGCCUAAACAAAGUAACAAAGGAAAUUGAAUGUUUUGAUAUUGCAUUGAUCCAUGAUACACGUACUGGAAAAUAUGCAACACCACCCAAGGAUGCGAUAAAAUGUGAACAAAUGAAUAUUGGUGCUGAUGUUCCACUAGAAGAUAAAUGGGUUACGAUUUAUUAUGGACAAACGUUUGUGCCUGAUAAAGAUUUACGUACUAUACAUUUUUGUUUUUAUUCUCCAUCUUUAGCAAAGGAAUGGACUGAUGAAUUAUUUCGAUAUGCUCGAAAUCCAUUUCUUCGAAAUUUAUCGGGAUUAGAUUUACUAGAAAAAAUUCAUUCAAAAAUUGUCAAUGGUCUAGUGGAAGAGAGACAAGAUCGAAAAACAAUUUCAGUUCGAAAUAUUCUUCGUAUGUUUUGUAAAAAUUCACGAGAUACAGACAAAGAACAACGAAUAUUGAAAGCUUUACAGUAUACAGACUUAGCACAUGAAAGAGAUGCUUUAAUUAAUCCAGAACAAUUUACAUUUGAUAAAUUUUUCAGUUUUUAUACACAAUUAAUGGAGAGAAAUGAAAUUGACAAAUUAUUAGAAAAAAAUGGUAGCAAACGAACGCGAAUAAUUAAUCGAGAACAGUUAAAAAAUUUUAUAGAAACACAAUCGAAUACUCGUGGAGAUGGUAUUAUCGAUUAUGAUCAAAAAGCAAAGGAUAUUAUUAAAAAAUAUAUGCGUGAUACAUAUUUGAGCCAAAAUGUUCCAGAAAGCAUAUGUGAUGAAGCAUUUUUACGUUAUCUAUUGAGUUUUGAUAAUUUAAUAAUCGAUCCAGCAAAACUUGAUCUUUAUCAAGAUAUGGAUAAACCAUUAUCACAUUAUUUUAUUGCAUCAUCUCAUAAUACUUAUCUAAUGGGUUCCCAACUACAUGGACGUUCAAGUGUAGAAAUGUAUCGUCAAGUUUUGUUAACCGGUUGUCGAUGUAUUGAAUUAGAUAUACUAGAUUCACCAGAUGGAGAACCUGAAAUAAAGCAUAGAAACACAAUGAUACGUUCAAUAUCAUUUCGUGAUGUUAUCGAAGCUAUUGAUCAAUACGCAUUCAAAGUAACACCAUAUCCGCUUAUAUUGUCGUUCGAGAAUCAUUGCAGUGAACGUGUUCAAACAAAAAUGGCCAACUACUUAAUCGAAAUAUUUGGUGAUAAAAUGCUUACACAACCAUUAAAAUCUCAUCCACUCGAAGAAAAAAUUCCAUUACCAAGUCCAAAUGAUUUAAUCAAUAAAAUAUUAAUUAAAAAUAAAAUACUACGUGGUGUGAAAACAACAUCUUUUUCAGCGGAUAACAUUCAAAGAGGUUCCCAAGGCGGCUCAACCUCACUAAACUUACAACGAAAACGUUGUGAUUUUGGUAGUGAAAGAUAUACAGCAUCUCCAUCCAUUUAUAUGUCUGUUGAUCCUGGACAAUUUAAUCCAAGUAUAAACAAUCCUGUGAGACCAAAAAAACAAUAUUAUACAAAUAUUCAACAGUAUACACAAUCAAUCGAUUUUGGUAUGAAUCCAAAAUCAGAUAGUUCAGAUGAAGAGUUAUUUGAAAAUUCUUCUUAUGAAGAUGUCAAUCUUACUGAUCCUCGACUAAUAUUAAAUGAAAAUCCUCGACUGCCAACAACUGUCACGCAAACAGUAAAUUUAAAUAAUGAUGCCGUAAUUGAAUCAAAGGCUACAAAAGCCAUGUCGGAUUUAGUAAAUUAUGUGACACCAGUUCGUUUUAAAGGUUUUGGAAUUGCUGAUCAACUUAAUUAUAGUUAUGAAUGUUCGUCUUUUAAUGAAGAUAAAGGACAAAAUUUAAUACGUGAAAAUGCUAUGGAAUUUGUUAUUUAUAAUGAGAGACAAUUGAGUAGAGUAUAUCCAAGAGGUACAAGAAUAGAAUCAACCAAUUAUAAUCCUUAUCAAUUUUGGUCGGUUGGUUGUCAAAUGGUGGCAUUGAACUAUCAAACAUUAGAUACACCAAUGCAAAUCAAUUUAGGGAUGUUUGAAUAUAAUAAACGAUGUGGCUAUUUACAGAAACCGACCCCUUAUUGUUUGCGUUUCGGUACAUUUGAUCCACAAGAACCCACAAGCAUUGAAAAUGUUGUUGUUGAACAACUUUCAAUUAAAUUAAUAUCCGGACAAUUUUUAAUACAAGAUCAUGAACCAGUCUAUGUUGAUGUUGAAAUGUAUGGUAUCUAUGCAGAUGCUAGUAAACGACGAGAACGAAUAAAAUCAAAAAGAUGGAAUGGUUUUCAAGCUAUUUAUGAUGAUAAUGAUAAUGAAAAUGAUCUAGUAAUUAAUUUUUCAAAGAUCAAUCUACCAGAAAUGGCUUCUCUUCGUUUUGCUGUAUCUGAAGAAGAUGGUACUUUCAUUGGUCAAGCAUUUAUCCCAGUGUCAACUUUACGCUCUGGUUAUCGUCAUAUUGUAUUACGUAAUCAAAGCAAUGUCCCAGUUCACUCGUCAACAUUAUUCAUUUAUAGUCGUAUCGAAGUUCAUGUUGAUGCAGCUUGUGAAAAUAUUGUUGACUCAUUAAUGAAUCCAUUAGAAAAAAAAGAAUUAAUUAGUAGUCCUGAUCAAUAUCAACCCAAUUUAAAUGAAAAUAAACAAGAUGAUCCAUCUAAAACACAACAAUACACGACAACCAUCACCAUAAAACACAAUAAUACACGACAACCAUCAUCAUCAGUUGAUGAAAAUGGUUCGAGAAAUCAAUUUGUGAAAAAUACUCAAUUAAAAAAUACACAUUUAUGUUAUUGUUUGACCAUUAAAGAUGUACAACAAAUGAAAUUCUAUAUUCAAGAACAAGAAAAGCUCAAAGAUAAACUUCGAAAAGCAGCUGCCUCACUUGACAAAAAAAUCGAAAUAGAAGAGGAAAAAUUUCGAAAAAAUCUUCAGCGUUUAAAUCUUGAACAACGUAAAAAUGAAAAAUAUAUAACAACUAAACCUAUCCGACAUAUGUCAGAUGCUGAAAUUAUACAUCAUUCACAAACUCAUAACAUUCGAAAAACAAGUUUAAUAAUGCAAAAAGCAAUCGCUGAGGAUGUUAAAAGUCGCGAGAAUAGAUUACUCGAUUUAUGUUCAUUAAAAUUUCGUUCUCUAAAUGAAUUAGAAGUACUUCAUUCAAAAAAUUUCUAUAAUAAAGUUGAAAGAUAUAUCAUUGAUUAUUAUGGAAAACUAACUUUACGUGUCGAUGAAAUUUUUCGACAAGAAACUGCUAAAAUAAAAGAUCAAGUAAGAAUACAGACAAGGAAUGAUACCAAAAAGAAAUUACCAAAUGCAAAAGAUGGACGACGACCCAUUUUUAAUAAUAAAAUUUUGCAAAUGAACGUUGAAGCUGGUGCUGCUGCAAUACGAAAACUUGAAACUCUGUAUAAUAGUUUGUGUGAAACAAUAGCAAUAAAUCUGAGACAAACAUUGGAAGCAUUACAAAUAGAACGAGAAGCGGAGACAAAAAAUCGUUUUCUAAGGUACGCUGCACAAAUAAAUGAAAUAAAAACAAAUUUAAAUCUUGAAACGUUCAAUGAUGAUAAUUUAUUUAAUUGUUCAAUACUGAACAGUGCGUUAACCUCAUCAUUACCAAGAGAGACUUUAACAUCUGCUCAUUCUUCGAUAUCAUCAACAUUGAAUAUAGUUCAUUUACAAUCAAAUCGUGUUACUCUUCCACAAGAACAACAGCAAUCACAAGAACAAACGGAUACAUUAAUACAAACACAUUAUCUUAAUGAAAACGAAGCCACAACAAGAUUUUGA